AUGGUGUGCUCCUUGACUACCGACAGGAGCUUCUGUGAUCGAGGCGAAGUGGAUUUGCAUUCAAGAACCAGCGCGGUUAGUGACGCGGAUAUCAACGAGAACAUGUCCUCGCUGAGCGAUGCCCAUAGGCGAAAUAGCCACCUGGAUGGGGACCACAGUUCCUCGCCGGGUUCUUCUUUGGGUUCAUGUUCACCUCCACCUACUUCAAGUCAUUCACCACCACCGCCAAGACCACCUUGGUUGCACGACUUCCAUGCCGCUGCUUCACCCCAUGUCCUCCAAUUUCUGAACCUCAGUGCCGCCGGGGGUGGAAUGUUGGGCAGCCAACCGUUGGCAGCCCUCCACUCCAUGGCAGAGAGAAGUCAUCACCAGCAACAGCAACAUGCCGGGAUUCAAUUGUCUGGAGUUUCAGCACAGUUGCAAACCCAAUCCCAGGGUCAGACUUCUCCAACGGGAAGCGGGAAGCACAGUCCGGCUACUUCGAUUACGUCCGUCGGCAGCAAUCCGCACGGCAUCGAUACUAUUCUCUCAAGACCAGUGGCUACUCACCAUCAAGUCCCUGUUUCCUCGUCGCAUGGACUACCGGCGACCCCUCAUUCCCAACAUUUGACAACACCCCGGUAUGCGAUGCAUACUGGGUUUACAGCUUCUACGGGAAUCAGUCAAUUCCAACAACGAACAGAACCCCGACAUCCGGCUGUUUAUUGGCCAGGUUUGCAGGGAUUGGUUAGUGAUCCCCUGGCUUGGAGAGCUAGAUUACAUUCCUUGUCACAGCAAUUAGGUUGUCAGCAGGCAAUGACUGGAGCAGGAGGCGGCGGUGCAGGGGAGCACGAGAGUGGCAAGAAAAAACAUACGAGGCCAACGUUCAGUGGACAACAGAUCUUCGCUCUCGAGAAAACCUUUGAACAAACGAAGUACCUUGCCGGUCCUGAACGAGCUAAACUCGCAUAUGCUUUGGGCAUGUCGGAAUCUCAAGUUAAGGUCUGGUUCCAGAACAGGCGGACGAAGUGGCGGAAGAAGCACGCGGCAGAGAUGGCGACGGCCAAGAGACGGCAGGAAGAAGUCGAGGGUGUCGUGGCUGACGGCGAAGACGGAUGUAGCGAUGGAGAAGCCGAUGGUAACGCCAAUGGGAACGAAAACGGCGACACAGCCGCAAAAAGGCUCCGUAGGGAGCUGGAACAGCAAUAUGGACCGUGA